AACAACGUCUUUAAUCUCCCCAACCGCAACUUUCUCACUCACAAACCGUCGUCAUGUUCCGAUCACAGCUCGCCCGCCAGGUCCGCCUGUUCAGCACCUCCCCCGUCGUACGAAAGAGCCCCGUCGAGACCAUUAAGGAUGCCGCAAAGGCUGUUGACCGAACAAUCUCGAAUGCUGCUGUGAAGGGCAUUGAGAAGAGCGAGGAUGCCGUCGAUGCCGUCAAGGAGGCCAUGCCAGAAACAAAGGGCGAGGCAAAGGGCAAGGCAAACGAGUUGGCCGGCGCAGCCAAAGGCAAGGCAUCUGAGUUGUCUGGUGAGGCCAAGGGCAAGGCACAAGAACUGAAGGGCGAGGCCAACGCAAAGGCAAACCAGGCCGAGGGCAAGGCAGAAGAGCUCAACAACAAGACCAAGACGCAGUUGUAGACACGUGCUGAAAGAGACAGAGGAAUGGAAAAAAACAUAUUGACAUGGCCUGAGGAGCUUGGCUCGGAUGCAUAGUCGAUUGAAACGAAGCG